GCUGCCGCAGAAGCUCCGCAGCCUUUGCCCCGCGAGUGCCCCCCAGCUGCUGCCGCUGCCAUGGUCUCGGCUCCGCGCUGCCCGCCCGCCGCCCAGGGGCUCCUGGCGCUGCUGCUGCUGCUGCCUCUGCCCGGGGCUCGCGGCCGGUGUGGCUCUCCUCCGAGGUUCAGUUUUGCUGAGGUACCCAGGGGAGUGAGGAUUAGUUAUCCUGUUGGAUACCAUGUGAGCUACUCCUGUAGCCCAGGAUACACUUUGGACCUUCGAAAGUCUCCUGUAGCUACGUGUGGUGCAGAUUCAACAUGGUUAAUAGACCCUGAGUUUUGUGUAGGAAAACCAUGUAAAGCACUAGAACUAGAAAAUGGCAGAGUUGAUUUGACCGAUCUCCAGUUUGGUGCAACAGCAAACUUCUUCUGUAGUGAAGGUUACAGAUUGAUUGGACCAACUUCCACCCAGUGUGUGCUUGUGAGAAAAUGGAGUUGAUUGGGAUAAGGAGGUUCCACUUUGCCAAGCAAUAACUUGUCGUCCACCUGCUGAUAUCACCCAUGGAUCCCAUAAUGCUCUGAUUGGAGACGUGUUUUCCUUUGACUCAGCAGUAACUUACAAAUGUGACCAUGGCUUUUCUCUUAUUGGAGAGGCCUCAAUUCAUUGUACAACAAAGAUAAUGUCAAUGGAGAGUGGAGUGGGCCUGCCCCUAAAUGUGAAG